CUGCUCUCUUCACUGUCUCCGCUGCACUCCCUCUCCUUUUCCCUCUACUUCUCUCGUUUCCUGCGUCUUUUUUUCCCCGCUGGCUUCAGCGAGUCUGCCACGACUCUACGAGCACUACUACUACUUCUGCCGAUGACGACGUUGACGGUGCGGCACCGUGCGGUGUGCGCGUUGGCGCUCCUCGUGCUGCUCUGCGGCUGCUGCUGCGCCCCCUCCGUCUGCGGGGCGACGGGGGCUCCUGCUGCUGCUACGACUGCAAAGCGUGCAUCUCCGCCGGCGGUUCUGCCAAAAGAAUGGCAGCCGGUGAAUGUGUCGGUGGAGGUGUCCUGCGCGGACAGUGACAACAAGUUAAGUUGGCGCUUCUCUAGAGAAACUGCGUGGAAGAAGUGUGCGGCCGCGGUGGGAGCGCACGACUACACAAUUGUUGGGGAGGACUCUACCGCGGGGGACGAGGAGGUGGAGGAUGUUGUUACCGUGGACAUCGUUUCGGUGGACGUGUCUCAGUACGGAGCAGGCGACGGCGGCGUCAGUGAGUCCCUCUGCGCCUCCGCCGAAUCGCUGUACGCGACUGCGGACUGCAGCGCGAGCUGCGACAGCGACAAGAGUGAUCAGACCGCGUUCACGAUGAACUUCCCUACGCAUGUCGGCAGCGGAGUGCACAAGAAGUGGGCGGCGGCGAAUAAUCAGGCCCCCGGCAGUCCGUCUCUUUCUGCCGCAGACGGUGGCGGACUUGGCAAGCCAGGCGUUUGCCCGUUAACAAUCCCCGCGAGGGAGCCAGCCGGAAAGGGUGCGUCGCGGGGAGAAAAGGGAGCCGGCGCGGGAGAGCAACCACCAGGACCACCUGCGGCCCCGCCAGCAGGCACAGCGGAGAGCGGGACACGUGGAUCCGGAGAGAGCGGCACUUCCCCAACUCCCCAACGCCCUUCCGCCACGCCCAACUCCGCCGCCCCUCCCACCGGCGGCACCGAAGGAACCACCACGACCACCACCAGCAGUCCGAGUGCUGCGAAACACACAAAAAGCAACACAGACGGCAGUGAAAUCAUGACGGUGCGGGCGCGCGCCCCACUGCUGCUGCCGCUGCUGCUCACGGCUGCCCUUGCCUGCGCUGCAGCGUAG